AUGGAAACGGCUGAGGUGACACAAUGGAAGGCAUGGCUCAAUCAACUUCCCAAGCUGAGAAAUUUCAAGGUGCCUAGAAGUUUUAUUCCCAUGUCCUUUGGCACUGUCAGGUCCUGUCAAUUACAUCAUUUUGCAGAUGCUAGUCAAGUUGGAUAUGGUAUUGCCUCAUACUUGAGGCUUGAAAGUGCCACUGGUGAAGUCUACUGCACUCUGGUAAUGGGAAGAUCAAGAGUAGCUCCAUUGAAAAGGAUGACCAUUCCAAGAUUAGAGUUAACUGCUGCGACUGUAGCAGCACGUAUGGAUCAGAAGCUACGCUCAGAACUGGACUUGAGAUUAGAAAAGUCUGUCUUCUGGACUGACAGUACUUCUGUAUUGAAGUAUUUAUUUAAUGAAAAGGCGAGAUAUCAAACAUUUGUGGCCAAUAGGGUGAAUCUCAUUCGUGAAUUAUCACCUAUUGAAGCUUGGAGGUAUGUAGAGACUCGGUCUAACCCAGCAGAUUUAGCUUCAAGAGGAGUUGACAUGGACAGCUUCCUCGCCUCUUCAAUCUGGAUCACUGGGCCGACCUUUCUUAGUGAAAAUGAGAAAAUGUGGCCCAUACUACCAAAUGACGUCAAGAGGAAACCUUAG